AUGGAAUUGGUGGCGAGAACUCUGGUCGCCGCCAUAGUCCUGUUCUCGGGGCUUGUCUUCCUCGUCGUUUUCUUCUCCCCGCUGGAUCUCGGGGCCCAACUCGCCGCCUUCUCCCUGUCUCCUGCCAGAUCUUCCCCGCUGAAGGUCCGGCAUCGCCCGCCCCCUCUCAAGGUCUACAUGUAUGAUCUCCCUCGGCGGUUCAAUGUCGGGAUGCUGGAGCGGCGCCGCCCCGAUGCCGGGGGGGACGUUCCUGUGGAUCGGGCUUCGCUGCCGCCUUGGCCGCAGAACUCGGGGCUCAAGAAGCAGCACAGCGUGGAGUAUUGGAUGAUGGCAUCGUUGCUUGCGGAAGAGGGCGGGGCGGGAGGGGAGGUGGAGGCGGUUAGGGUCCUGAAGGGGGAAGAAGCGGAGGUGUUCUUCGUGCCUUUCUUCUCAUCUCUCAGCUUCAAUACCCACGGCCACAACAUGACGGAUCCUGACACCAUGAUCGACCGGCAGUUGCAGGUAUACUUGGGACUUCGCUUCCGUUUCUCCGAAACGAUCGAACGCUUCAUUGUGAUCUUUCGCGCCAUCCACUCGAAUUUGACUGACGAUGCGGAUGACCUCCAAUUCACCAACCUAGUUUUCGAGCCAUGGUAUUUUGUCGAUUGAUCUCCACAUUAUUUGUAAUCUUAACCGAUGUUCUGGCGGGAAAAAGCGCCUCAUUCUUUCAUCUAGUUGCGUAAUUUUGCGUUCUGCGUUUGCAGGAGGACCUCCUGACGUUCCUGAGAGGAUCCCCUUAUUGGCAGCGAUCUGGGGGGAGGGACCACGUAAUUCCCAUGCAUCACCCGAACGCUUUCAGGUUUCUUCGCCAGCAGGUGAACGUAUCUAUUCUGGUGGUUGCAGAUUUUGGGCGAUACCCUAAAAGCUUGUCCUCCCUUGGCAAGGACGUAGUCGCUCCAUAUGUACAUAUCAUUGAUUCAUUUGUAGACGACGAUCCCCCGGAUCCUUUCUUGUCCCGUCCGACUCUCCUCUUCUUCCGAGGGAGAACAGUCAGGAAAGAUGUACGUAUGCGAGCCGUCUCUCUGUUGGAAGCAUAGUGUUCUUCCAGAAAACAAAGCUAUUUUCUGAUGAGACCGAUGUUUACUUGGAUUCAGGAGGGAAUUGUUCGUUCAAAGUUGGCCAAGAUCUUGAAAGGCAUCGACGGUGUUCAUUUUGAGGAGAGCCUUGCUACUGGGGAAGGCAUCAGAGCGGUAGGUCUUCUGCGGUUUUCGUAUCGCUAUUGAUUGCGUGCAUUUCUUCUGGUAAUUCUUCCUGUGAAUUCUUUCAAUUUGCUUAAAUCGGCCUGGAUCAUAGCCAUGUACACAAGAACAUCCAAAAAAAUAAAUUUGUCCCGAUGAUUUGCUUAACGACUGAACCGAUUUUACCCAUCACAAUAUGCCUGAUUUAUGUUUAAAUUAUGGCAAAGCUUCUGAAUCUGGAUCAUUUCUCUGGAGUUCCGUCUGCAAUUUGUCAUCUGACAGCUUCAUGGAAACAUGCUGCUGCUAGGAUUAGCUGUGGCCUGUUCUUAGUGAAAGCCUUUGUAGGCCACAGGUCUCUUUCCUUGUUGGUUACCUAGAAGUUGGCAUGAUUCGAAUAAUAUUAUAUUUGAUUGAGGGAAAUUUAGACAUACAAUGUAGAUAGAUCUGCCUCUUUCUAGACCUAGUCGGUUUGGAGCUAGAUGGCCCAGUCUAUUAGGAUAACAUCAGAGCUCGAUAUUAUAUUCCUAAAUUGCAUGCAUCUCAUUUUUACUGUCUACAUGAGUUGACUCCAAAAAAGUCAAACGCCACUAAUUAUGGCGCAUCAAGCCUGCGGCUUAAGCACGAACACACUCCUCUCUUUUGUGAUCCAGUUUUUUCUACUCUAUUCAUCGAUUCCCAUCGCCACUGUAUCUAAUGCUCACUCUCUCUCUCUCUCCUCCAUCCUGGCAGUCAACUCAUGGCAUGCGGACGUCCAAGUUCUGCCUGCACCCAGCAGGGGAUACGCCCUCCUCUUGUCGGCUCUUUGAUGCCAUCAUCAGUCACUGCGUCCCUGUGGUAGUGAGCGACCACAUUGAGCUCCCCUUCGAGGAUGAGCUCGACUACCUGGAAUUCUCUGUAUUUUUCUCUGUCCAAGAGGCACUGCGGCCGGGUUUCAUGGUUGACCACCUGAGGCAGAUCCCCCAGGUCCAGUGGGCCCGGAUGUGGCGGCGGCUGAAGGAAAUCUCCUGCCAUUUCGAGUACCAGUACCCCCCAAAGAAGGACGAUGCUGUGAGCAUGCUGUGGAGGCAGGUGAAGCAUAAGCUCCCGGGGGCCAAGCUUGCCAUCCACCGGAGUCAACGGCUGAAGCUUCCUGACUGGUGGAGCCGGAGGAGAUGA